AUGCAACUGUCAGGACACAAAAACGUUCAAAGUAUCAGUCGGUACUCGACCGUCUCACAGAAACAACAGUUGAAUAUGAGUCCCACUCUCACUGGAAUGAGUUCGGGAGAAAUAGCUCCCCAGUCUGGCUCUUCUAUUCCGGAGAAAAGAAAGCAUGAGUUUGACGAACUCACUUAUCCAACAUUCCGCCCGACUUUUUCUCAGCAAAGCAAGCAAGCAGCACAGCAGACCCUUUCUCUUUUUUGGGGUGCUAUUAUAAGCGAAGGACAUAUAGGUGUGGCAAUAAACACUAUAAAUCAAUCGCCCACACUUUCAGUGUGA